AAUUUGAAAAACUCCCGCUCCAGUCUCCAUAUAUAUGCCACCUCUGUUUCUUUGCGAAAAGAGCCGUUAGCAGAACACAAAGAGCAUAUAGAAGGAGAAGAAGAAACGAGAGAGAGAGAAAUGGCGACCAACAUUGGAAUUAUGGAUGCGGCUUACUUCGUUGGCAGAUCUGAGAUUCUUGCUUGGAUCAACUCGACUCUGCAACUCAGUCUCUCCAAAGUCGAAGAGGCAUGUUCCGGCGCGGUUCACUGCCAGCUUCUCGAUGCGGCUCAUCCAGGGAUCGUGCCGAUGCACAAAGUCAAUUUCGAUGCCAAGAACGAGUACGAGAUGAUUCAGAACUACAAGGUCCUUCAAGAUGUCUUCAACAAACUCAAAAUCACCAAGCACAUCGAAGUCAGCAAGCUUGUGAAGGGAAGACCACUGGAUAACCUCGAGUUCAUGCAGUGGAUGAAAAGAUACUGCGAUUCUGUCAAUUCCGGACAGAUCAAUUACAAUGCUUCGGAGAGGAGAGAGGUUUGCCGAGGAGGAAGAGAAACGAGUAAGAAAUCUGCAAACUCCCAUGCCUCUACCAAGGGUUCUACUUCGCAGAGACCUCAGUCUUCCCAUGGUUCUCGAAGAACCGAGGUUUCCAAUGCAAACCCUACAAAUCAGGCUGUUAAGGUCGCGAGAGCACCUAGUGCAGGUGGCCCUGCCUAUGAGGAAAAGGUUUGUCUGUUUUCACAUAAAAAUAAAUUAUCAAACGAACGAUGCAAAUACAUGUCUUUAACUUUCAAGUUGAUGCAGUUAACGGAGUUGAAGUUGUCCAUCGAUAGUCUUGAGAAAGAACGGGACUUCUACUUUGCAAAACUGAGAGAUAUUGAGAUACUGUGCCAGACUCCUGAGAUAGAACACUCACCGAUCGUUGGGGCGAUUCAGAAGAUAUUAUAUGCUGCAGAUGAUGAUGGAACGGCUGUGGCUGAAGCUCAAGCCAUGCUUUCUGUUGGUGAUAAGGAAUUGAGCCCAAUCGCUGAGGUUUCGGAGGAGAAAGGCAGUUCAGAAACUCACAAGAGAAAGAAUAUUGCCAAUAUUGAUUUUGAUGCUGCUGGCAUCGCAACCUUGUCGCCCAGACAGAGGCUUUCUGAUAUUUCGGAUGUUCACUGUAGUGGGUCACCUCUUAUGACUUGUUAAGGAAGGAGGGAUGCGUCCUUUAGUUGUUAAUCUCAAUUAGCAACUUGUUCACCUGUUUUGGUUGUUUCAUGUGUGAAAUUGACAGGGAUAUUAUAAUGAUUAGAGGUUCUAGGAUAGCUCUGUUAUCAAGUUAUGAACCUAGAAAAAUAUAGCCAGAUAUAUUUUUCCUUGUAGAUUUUGCUGUUGUCAUCAACAAAUUGUUGUUUCUGAUCCUAGUCAAGUAAUUUUUGGCUUGUUUCCCCUAUUCCA